AUGGACACAAAUUCUAAAUUCAAAGUGCAGAGUGAACAUAAAAAAAUCCAGGCGAAAUUUAUUCAUAAUCAUGGACAAAAGCCCUCCCUUAUUCAAGUCACAUCUCCAAUGAUUUCUAGUACUCUAUUUCAUGCGUAUCCAUUAUUGUUACUAAUCGAUAAUCUACUGGCUAAUAUAAUGUGGUUAUCUGACGAUAAAUGUUUGACAUUUAUCUAUUUAGCGAGCGUGUGGUUAACCAUAAAUGUUUUUAUCCCAAAUGAAACGGAGGUAAAUCAUAUUCUACCAUAUGCAAAGAUUUUAAGAUUAUGGAUAGGUAUUAUUAGCGGGGCAUUUCUUUUUUUGUCAUUCAUGUAUUAUAUUGUAUCAUUAAUAAGCUCAUUGGAAGACACCGAACCUCCUACGUUGGAUGAAAUUGUCGUGCUACUAGAGUCUGUACUGGGUAAAUUAGAAGUUCUAAAAAAUGAACUGAAUGUCUGGAAAAAACUAAAGCUUUCUAUUAAUGGAGUCAGUGAAAAGUGUUCCAAUAAGAGGUUAUUUUGUAGAUUAUUUCUAUUGGGUACAAUUUCUCAAAUUUUUAUCAUGAGAUACAUAUCAGUGGGGGCCUAUGUUAGAUUCUUCAUUAUUGCUGGGUUGGUAUACCACUCGACUAGUGUUCAAGCGACUUUAAGGUUACUUUGGAGAUUUACCCCUGUUAGAAAUUUUUAUCACUUGGGGUUUAAAAGUUUUACAACUUCGAAUUGGUUACCAAAUCGCUUAAAUAUGGAACAAAUAAUUUCUUUAUCUCAAGAAGAAGCGAUCACAGUACCGUUGGUAGACGUAUUACCUAGAUUACUUCAAGACAGAGAAGGUGAGGAUCACAUCCGUAUUUUACAACUUCUGCUUAAUGAACAAAAAGAUAACUUUGACAAUCAAGACCUCAAAAUAUUGGAAAUUGAGGUACAGGAAAAUCAGAGAAAGUGGCAUCGAAGUAAAAACUGGAGUACGCAAUUACUACCCUAUGAAAGGCAAAACUUUUCCAUAGAAAUCAAGGAUACUGAUGGAUCGUUUAUCAUGAAAAGCUGUUUGUCAACAAAGGAACUUGGUGAAGAAGAUUUACCCGAUAACUGGCGUUGGAUUAACGACGACUGGGAUGAAACUGAUUGGGUAUAUUCUGACUCAGUAUGGAAAGAAAUCGGGCAAUAUAGCUCUUCAGAAUGUUUUACCAGGUCAAGGAGAUGGACACGACGCCUCUUUCAUUUAUGA